AUGUCGCUUUUGCCGACCGGGCUUAUGGAGUCCCAAUUAUCUUUAGUUGAUCUCUUGACAGCAAUGUUCCCGUCUCCAGGUGAACUUGAAGUACCCGAGAAUACCAUCCAAUAUGUAGAAAAACUGAGAGAGUGGUGCCAAGAUGAGAGCCCUGUACCCUCUAAAGUCCCCUCGGAGGUCUUCCUUGCUGUCAAUAUCCCCCUUGCCGAGGGGGAAAAGUCCAUCCAAGUCAACAUCUCUGUGCCGUUGAAAUGCGAGGAUCCCGAUACACUCAUCCAACCCCCAUCCCUCGGCUAUGUGCUUCGACAGCCGGAUUGGAUGACUAAAGCCGAAGUAGCCGAAAUUGCUACCUCGAUGCCUGAAAGUGACGUCCUAGAAGUAUUUGAAUACAUCCAGAGUGAAGCGAAUCGUUUCCUAGAAGUGAAGCAGAGUAUGGCCAGAGCUGCGGAAAAAGCUGGGUCGCAUAGGGAGUCGCGUGGCCAAAUGGUGAGAGUGUGGUUCUAUUUUCCGUCUCUCUCAACGCGUGAAAAGAGAGACGAUAUGGUUAAUCUCGCUCCUUCAUACUCCCUAACAGGCUUUGUACUCGCUGGGAAGCCGGGAGUUCUAUGUCUUGAAGGUGGAUCAACAGAUAUCGAUUCUUAUAUGAGUUUUAUCAAGACACAUUCAUGGGGCGAUAUCCCGAGCCACCAGAAAAAAGUCAGCGAACGAUUCAGACAGACAACAGAAAUUCAAAGAGUCUUCUCGGGGAUGGAGGAAAUCACGAACUCAUUGGGCGAGCGAGGUGGCCAAAGAGCUAAUCGAGGCGACAUGCAGGCUUUCGAAGUCUGGCUUGGGAGUAAAGGACUGCAAGAGGCAUUCGAGAAAGUUAUUUUUUGA